CGCGCAGCACGAGCGGUUCAAACACUGACACGCUGCCGCGGUGUGUGUGUGUCGAGAGAGAGUGUGUGUGUCCGUGGACUAUGUGGACGCGUCUGAACGAGCAGCAACUCAUCAUCACCAUCAUCUUCUCGUCUGCUUGGACCUCGAGGCCUUUUGGAAACUCAAUCAGAACGUUGUGAGAAGAAGAUGGAGAACAAGGAGGAAUCAAAGAGUUGUUCCGUCAGCGUCCUGUCCUGGGAGCAGGUGAGCCGGCUGAACGAGGUCCUCACCGAGGUGGUGCCCGUCCACGGGCGGGGGAACUUCCCCACCCUGGAGGUGCGCCUCAAAGACAUUGUGGCGUGGGUGCGCUCGCACCUGGAGCGCAGCGGCAUCCGCGUCAAGGACGUGCGGCUCAACGGCUCCACGGCGAGCCACGUGCUGGUGCAGGACCUGGGCUGGAGCUACAAGGACCUGGACGUGAUCUUCAGGGUGGACCUGCCGCACGAGACGGAGUUCCGGGUCAUCAAGGACGUGGUGCUGGGCACGCUGCUGGACUUUCUGCCCGAGGGCGUGAACAAGGAGAAGAUCACUCCCAUGACCCUGCGGGAGGCGUACGUCCAGAAGCUGGUCAAGGUCAACACGGAGCAGGACCGCUGGAGCCUCAUCUCGCUCUCCAACAACAACGGGCGCAACGUGGAGCUGAAGUUCGUGGACACGAUACGCCGGCAGUUCGAGUUCAGCGUGGACUCCUUUCAGAUCGUGCUGGACUCCAUGCUCGCCUACUACGAGCUGGCGCAGACGCCCAUGUCGCAGGCCUUCCACCCGACGGUGAGCGGCGAGAGCGUGUACGGCGACUUCGGCAUGGCGCUGGGCCACCUGCGCGACAAGCUCAUCGCCACCAAGCGGCCCGAGGAGAUCCGCGGCGGCGGCCUGCUCAAGUACUGCAACCUGCUGGUGCGCGACUUCCAGCCCGCCAGCGAGGAGGAGUUCAAGGCGCUGGAGCGCUACAUGUGCUCGCGCUUCUUCAUCGACUUCCCCGACAUCGGCGAGCAGCAGCGCAAGGUGGAGGCGUACCUGCAGAGCCACUUCGUCGGCGAGGAGAAGAGCAAGUACGACUACCUCAUGAUCCUGCGGCGGGUGGUCAACGAGAGCACGGUGUGCCUCAUGGGCCACGAGCGGCGGCAGACGCUGCACCUCAUCUCACUCAUGGCCUUCCGCGUGCUGGCAGAGCAGAACGCCAUCCCGGACGCCUCCUGCGUCACCUGCUACUACCAGCCGGCGCCGUACGUCCGGGACCACAACUUCAGCAACUACUACGUGGCCAACCAGAACAUUCCAACAUGGCUGCCAUGUAACUGACACAAAGGAGCGGACGGACGCACGCAGAGGAGGGAAUGAAAAGAAAUGAAACUCCACAAAAAAAAGAAAAAAAAAGAUAUAGAGGCAAUAAAUGCUGAUUUCCUCUCGAGGCACAAUUAUAUUUAAGUGGACAAGUGUUUUUUGCUUUGGUUUUUUUUUUUGCAAAUCCUUUCUCAUUCCUCAUCUACAGCGGCGUCGAGCUCAUUGAAUAGAAAGUGAUAUUUUUAAGUGUUAUUUAGAUUUUUUUUUUCUUUCUCUUCAUCAUGAUGUUUGGUUAUUUCCCACGUUUAUCAACUUUAUUCUUAAUGGAAUGUUCCGUUUUGUGCCUUGACCUCCAGGUUCGACCUCCAGGUUCGACCCCGACCGGGCUGUUAUUUUGUAGAAAGGGAAUAAAGAAAAAAAGUUUAUAGCCUGAAUUUGGUCUAAAAAAAAAAAAUGAAGAAAAUAAUGAGGAAAAUAUUGUUAUUGGGGAAGAGAUGAUAUAUAUGUAUAAUGUUUAAGCCCAAUUAAAAAAAAAAAAAGAAGAAGGAUCCGAGCACCGGUGUGAGGUCACUGUGGAGGGAUGAAGGUGGUUCAAUUAGUUUUAAUGCAUUUUGUCAAAUAUCUAUCACGGACACUUAAAAUGCCGAUGGUGCCUGUGAUUUGUAAAAGAAAAUGUUAUGUAAUUCUUUUUAUUUUAUUUUCCCACUGUGAAUUAAGACAAGCUCCUCCCCCUCAGAUAGACGAGCUCCCGUGUGUCUGAGCAGUUUAGUUUUUUAAAGUCACUUCCCCGGUGACCCCCAAGUGUCACAGUCCUGGGGGUCGCCCCCCCCCCCCCCCCCCCCCCCCCCCGGCCCGGGACUCCUGCAGUGACAGGCUGACUGUCGGUCUCUUCCCUUACAAGGAGCAGCACAUGUCGGGUCGCCUCUGAAACGGGAUCCUCCUCUGACGCAGCUCGGCAAAUUGCAGGACGUCUCUAUAUUUAUCUUUUUCUUUUUCCAGGGGAGGCCAGGGGAACCAGUGAUGGAGCAGCAGCAGCCCCGUCACCUUAAGUGUGUUUGUGGGAGGGAGGGGGUCCAUGGGGGGGUCCUCUCCUUUCUGCGGCUUGCUGGCACCAAGAACCCCUUGUGUGGUCAUGCGUGGACGGACACCAGAGCUCGACUGGUGCGUUAAGAGAAAACGCCAGCAUGACCACGCCCCCUUUUUUUUCUGGACCAGGAUGUUGAGUCAUCAUGGAGACACGAGGCCGAACGACCCCUCCUCCCCCUCCACCAUAUUUCGAGCCUCGGCCUAUUAUUAGCUGUGAAUCUUGAUCAUUUGCGGUGUGGUGUUCCGAGCACGUGUGCCGAGCGGUGACUUCAGCGCCUCGUCUCUCCUCUGACGCGUCAUCGUCAUCAUCAUCAUCAUCAUCAUCAUCAUCAGCGUCUGAGCGGAGGAAAAGUUUCUUCUUCUUCUUAAAAACUAUGUAAUGUGAAGCUCCUCCCCCUCUGCUCCUCGCUCAGUCCUGCUCCUCCCACACCAGGUAACCAGGGACGACAGGCUCACUGCUCCCGGCUGGUCGGAGGAAGGUCAGAGGUCGAGGUCAGGUCAGGGUCACGCUGUGCUGACGGUCUCUCUCACUCUGGACCAAAGUUCUGCUUCGCAACCAGCGACUGAAGUAUCAAAGUGCCUUUUCACUCAUCAGAGAGUGAAGCAGCUUUUUAAAGGGUUUUUUAUUUUAACGGUGAUCAGGAGGAGAAGUGUUGGUGUCUGUCACGUUUUCUUUUUUAGACCCAGUGACUCACGACGACUGACGUCUCUGUGUUUUGUGGAGCAAAAUAACUUUGGUUUGAAUUUGGAAUUUGAGAUGUCUUCUUUUCUUUUUGUUUAUUUCCCCCUCUGUUAGUUUCCGUCUGUGAUCCUCGACCCCCCUCCUGUCCAGUCAUUCCUGUCCCACGUUUAGUUUUGCUCCCCUCUUUUGUGUCUUCCUACGGCUUUGGGCCUUCGGUCGCCACGUCGACGUCAGAGUUUUUUUGAAAUCUAAACUCUUGAUUCGUUCAUGUAUUCACACCAGGGACUAAACGGCCGAGCGUCACAGCUCCGUGUUGGUUGUUUCUCUCCCCGUCGUCUGAACAAAGCAAUACCUGAAGUGCACUGACGAGCCGGACUGAAGCACCUUGUUGUCCGUACGCUCGCCUUGUCCGUGGGAGUCGAGGUGGUUCUCAGGGACAAACUGCGUUUUUGAGAACUUUGUCUAUUUUUUUGUUUCUCCCCCCUGAUAUCGAGACAUCGCCUCCUGAAGCUCGACUCCAUUUUGUGUCUUAAUUCUCUCCUCCGCACCGGGGCCGAGACUUCAGCUCAACCGUUAAGAUGAUCUCUGCAUUCUGUCUUGUCCAGGCGACCGAUCGAUGGAUCCCCAGUUGAAUCACAGUCUGAGAGUGACGAUCAAUCAGUCAGUUUCCUGCUCGUGCUGCAGGUUGAAGUCUGCUGAGCGUCUAGUUUCUUCUCAGGACGAUUGGUCGUCACAGGAAACUCAACAGACAGGAAUGUUCUACACAUUCGAGGGUGAACGCAGCCUGGAAUGUAAAUCGUGUGUGUGUGUGUGUGUGUGUGUGUGUGUGUGUGUGUGUGUGUGUGUGUGUGUGUGUGUGUGUGUGUGUGUGUGUGUGUGUGUGUGUGUGUGUGUGUGUGUGUGUGUGUGUGUGUGUG